UAUAUUUCGAACACCAAGUGCGUGUGUGUGUUUGAGGGAAACUGAGAACGAAACCUCAAGAAUUUUUCAUAUAUGUUUUUACCGUUUCGGGUGAUGCUAAAGAAACCACAAAAGAAGAUCUCCAAAACUGGGGAUUUUCGCGCAAUGCGGUGGCUUUUUUGGAUAUUUCUUAAAAUAGAUUAGAACAAGUAAUUUAAAACAUAAUAUAUGUGGAUUCGUCUGGUCAGGUAAACAUGGAAUCUUAUUGCAUUUUCUGUCCCUUACCAAGUCCUAGGAG